GAUGUUUUGCUUCCCGAUGACCUGAACACCACAAAUGAAGAUCAUCCUGGAAUCCGAACGAGAUAUGAUUUAACAGACACCACAUUGUGUGCAGUUGUCGACCUCAUUUUAGAUCAAUGUCUGACUUCAGGACUGGUAAAACUGGUAGAUGAAAAUUUCAAGAAUAAGAAUAAAUCAGUGAGAGGAUUGCCUUCCAUUAAGCUGUCCGAAUCUCGAUUUAACUUGAACCUCGAUUCACUGAAGCUUAAUGUACGUUUUGUUACCGGUUCAAAUUCGCUUGGAAUUUUUGGGAUACCCGAGUCUGUGCAUCGUUUCGGAGAAACGGGAAUUUCAACAUCAGAUCUACUGAAUAAUGAACCAGUUGUAUUAGAUCUAUCGUUGGAUGACUUAAAGUUAAGGUGGAUGGGAUGCAUGCAGCCAAAUUAUUUCUCGUUUGACAUGAGUUCUCUGGAUGGAAUUUUUAUUAGUCAAUCCGCAGAAAUUUUGACUGGCGCGAUAUAUUGGUGGCUGGUUUUUGCAGAAGAUCUUUCAAACAUAUUAAAAAAAUUCCAAAAACAUCGUAGACGGAAACUACAGUACCUGAUACACAACAUUGCCCAAUAUUCCGAAGAAAACUCUAUCGAAAGUGAUCCACAUUACUUAACGAGACCGUCUCAUGUGCUUAGAUUGGGCGCGACCAAAUUAAAGAAUGAUCACGGAUGGAAGAUUCUUGGCCGAGUGAGACAUAUCAAAAGGUUUAUGGAACCGGAAAGGAUAGAAGAGUUGCAAAAUGCCUUUAAGGAGAAAGCAUCGUUAUUUUCAAUGAGUCAAAAUGAAAUGUAUGAACAUGUUGUUCGCAUUUUCUCCCGUUGGAGGGACUGGGAGAUGGAUAACAUGUCCUCCUGUCGAUUAUUUACAGAGCUCUUUCAACAGCCAUCUAGAGGCUCUGCUCCACGGAUUAACAAGAUAGAAGAGAUCUAUCGAUUCUUG